AACUUCCUGCUGUGAGUCUUUAAAACACCCCUGACACUGAAGUCUCUCUUAUCAGUCCCACAGCCUGAAUUGCUGAAUGAAGCUUUCCAUUUUCAACAUGAGGACACUGGUGUUGCUUCCCUCUCUCCUCCUCCUGAUUCACUACUCCGGUGGACAGAUCAGCAUCUCACAGUCUCCGGCCACUUUCUCUCUGAUGGUGAACGAGAGUGUGACCAUGCGGUGCAGUGCAUCUAAGGAUAUUAAUGAUGAUAUGGCCCUCUACCUGAUCCGGCCUGGAGCUGCCCCCAGACUCCUUAUGUAUGAGCUGCACACGGUGCGCAAGUUCUCUCAGGCUCGUUACAGUGGUUCCUGGAAAAGCGGCUCCAAGGACUUUACAUUCUCCAUCAGGAAUGUUCAGUUUGAAGAUGAAGGGAUGUACUUCUGUGGACAGUACAACCAGUCGCCGACACAGUGACAAAGCGUCAUACAAAAACCUGUUCCCUAGCUGCCACUCAGAACAAAUAGAGUGUCACACGGAAACCUAUUCUCUAGCUGCCACUCAGAACAGAAACAGCAGAUUAUCUUCAGUGUGCAGGAAAGGUUUUUGUACAGCAUCUCCGUCUGUACAGAGCACCGUGGUACACCUUUGGAGCAGGAACCAAAUUGACAAUUAGAGGUCGUGCCCUGUCUUCUCCUGUGGUCAAAAUGUUACCCCCGUCCCGUGAGGAGAUGUCAAGCACCGACAAAGCCACGGUGAUCUGUCUGGUGAACCAAUUCUACCCAGAUGCCGUACGUGUGAGUUGGACUGUGGACGGGCACGCGAACACCAAUGAGAAGCUGGACAGCCAAUCAGUGCGCGGCUCUGACGGGACCUAUGGCAUGACCAGCACCCUGUUCUUGUCUCGUUCGGCGUGGGAGUCCGCAGAGGUUUUUGCCUGUGCGGUCGAGCAUGUGACCCUGCAGAUUCCAGCCACCCAAUCCGUCCGCAGGAGGCAGUGCAUGGCUGACCACUAGUGCUGGCUCUGCUUUUAACAAGCUCUCAUUUCUGCUUUUCAUAUAACAUUUCACUUUCUUUUUAAAAUAAUAUCUCCUGCUCUGUUUAACUUUUUUCUUUUGUCACAUCCAUGCCUUUUAAUAUUUCUUCUGUGUUUCAGCAUGACCAAAAAAAAAAAAACAAAAAAAAAAAAAAACAAAGCCAUAGAUGAUAUUAAAUGUACUCUGCCCUGCAAUAAGAACCUUCAAAUUCUGGAAUCAGUUUACAGUCAAACACCAUUCCAAUUCAUAACUAAUGAGAUUUAAUUAAUUAAAGCCUUGGUACUUAUUAUCAUGUUUGUUCAUUUCUGUCAUACCUGUGUGUCAGAUUGUAAAAUGUUAUUAAUGUUAUUUACAUGUAAUCCUGCUCCAUACUACAAUAAAUAAAGGUAAUUUCAAAACACUGGAAUGUUUGAUAGUUGCUUAAGUGAAGAAACAUCAAAAGUAUCUUUGAUCAUAAGUUCAAAACACUGGAAUGUUUGAUCGUUGCUUAAGUGAAGAAACAUCAAAAAUAUCUGUGAUCAUAAGUUCAUAAACUGUACUUCACACUGCUGAUGAUUAUUACAUAACCAUCACUCCACAUUGGUGUACAUUAGUGCAUAAUUUCUUUUAAACAAUUGGUGAACUAUCGUACAAAAUCUCACACCUGAUUAUUACUAAUUCAUAUACCCAGCUGCUCCAUAUUGUCAGGUUGCACACAACGUCACCUUACACUCAUCAAAAGUACGCCUGUCUGUUUGCAAUGUUGUAGUGUCACAACUGCCUUAGUCAGACAGGAAGUCAUGCUGGUAUUUUUUGGGAAUUCCAGCCCUGGUCAUUUCAUUGUACCAGUACCACAGCACCAGGCUGAGUAUUGUGACAAGUAUCAAUGUGCCUGAGUUUGCUAUGACACAACCGCAGCUUGGACUGAGAACCUCAGUGGCUGUGCUGCUGAGGGCACUGGGAGGGGGGUAUGCGCUAGGCCUUGCAACAGAGACAGCCACAGAAGUGGAGGAGCUUAUGCUGAGAGAAAAGAGCCCCCUGGUGGUCACGGCAGUGCAAGCAGCCAGAGUGGCGGGUCCAUCCGGUGUUGGGGUGAUGCUGUGUUGCACAAGUCUGGCACUGGCCUUCCUCUCUGCUGCCACUGGAGUUGCACUGGGAACUGGAGUCACGGCGCUGAUGACAGAGGCCGGAUGGAGCUCUCAUGUCACUCUGGGCUUGGCGGGGACAGUGGUAGCUCUGGGGGCCGUAGCUCUAGGGGUGGGCCUUGGAGCAGCAGUGGAAGCACUCAUAAGGGUGGAGCUCACCGGAAUCUUCCGCCUGCUGCUCAUUGGUACUGAAAUUAUCGUCCACCUUGCACUGCCGGUGAAAUGGCAGGCAAGAAAUGGGAUGAAGCAGAUGAAGAUGUUCCUGACGCAAGUCUUCAUUGUCAUGUUCAUAGCAGUGGUACUGGGCCUCCUGGAAGCAGAUUCUUUGGGAGAUAAGCAAGGAGUGGUCCUGGGACCUGUCCAGGGGUUGAUGGUAGCCGGGCUACUCCUAGUCCCGGCCGCGGCUCGACUGGGAGCCACCGCCGAGCAGGCUUUGGGGAGGCUUCCGGGUCACAGGCAAACAGCUGGCACAUUCCUGGGCAGGACGUUUGGAAAUCUUGUGGUCCUCUCCGGAUACCUGCUCGGGGUGGGAGCAGGCACGAGUAGGCAAGUGCGAACCUUCACGAUGACCCUCCUGCACUCCCUGACACCACUCGCCCUGUUUUUAGCGGGAAUUGUGGGCGCCGCACUGGGAACGAUGACGUUGGGGCUGGCAGACGAUGUGAGGGCCGAGGGUGUGUCAGUGUGGGUCUGCACAGUGGUGUGCGUGCUGCUAAAGGCCUUAAAGGCAGUAGCGGAUCAGUGGUCCGUGCUGCUGGGGACAGGCAGCAUGGUGGGGGCCCUGCUGGGGGCCUCCGGAGCAGCAGGACUGUCCCUUGGCGCCGUGGGGGUUGCAUCAGGAACACAGUUCAGAGCCAAAGGCAUUGCACUGGCAGUACUGGGGGCAGCAGGGGGUGCUGUACUGGGAUCAGCCCGUAAAACGAUGAGGACAGUGGCAGUAACACUGGUGGCAGCAUCCAUACCUCGACUUGCAGGAAUGAAAGUUGUGGUCAGGAUCCACUCUGAAGCAACAGCAAGGGUGAGGGGGGUCAUGGAGACACUAAAGGGUGCCGUUAUUGGAUCUGUGGCCCUGGGGUCUGCCGCACUGGGGUCAGCCAUUCUGGGAGGGCUCGUGAUCUGGACAGUUGCAUGCGGGACAGCAGGUCAUUACGCUGUUCUGGUGGUUUCCAUUAUUACUUAUAUAAUGAACCAUUGAGGACCUCCUCUAUGACCAUAUAUUCUCUUUGGCCGAGAGACUUCAGCACAUCAGAAGAUUCUUUUUCCACAUAAUUUAUGGGAUUGUUUUACUCAGAAUUUCUAUUCAGAGCAAGGUCUAUUAAGUAGAAUUUACACAGACCUUUGAUUACAGUUUGUUGUAAUUUCUGUUAAUUAAUCUAUUUACUUAUUUUACCUCAUCUUUUCAAUUGUGUGUCGGACCUCAAAUCCACCAUUUGGCCUGUUCUGAGCCCUAGGAAACUUCCCUAGGAAACGCAUGGGGCGGCAUAGCUCAGGAGGUAAGAGCGAUUGUCUGGCAGUCGGAGGGUUGCUGGUUCGAUCCCCCGCCCUGGGCAUGUCGAAGUGUCCCUGAGCAAGACGCCUAACCCCUAAUUGCUCCCAAUGAGCUGAUUGGUACCUUGCAUGGCAGCCUUUCACAGUUGGUGUGUGAGUGUGUAUGUGAAUGGAUGAAUGAGAGGCAUCAAUUGUGCACUUAUAAAGCACUUUGGAUAAAGGCGCUAUAUAAAUAGGAAGGAGAUGAGAGAUGAGACACAGAACAGGCCCAGGGGGGUGACCAUUAGAGGUGUAAAUGUGUGUGUACUGGGAAACCUCGUAGUGGCAUAUCUCAUGCUCUUAGAUUUCCAUACCUCAAAACUGUGGGCACUAUACAUCCAUGGGCACAAUGUUGGAAAUUCUGGGUCAGGACAUACCAGAAUAAAAGAGAAAUCAGAGUGUUACUACUGACUUUGUAACUUGGUUUAAUUAUUGCCUGGAUCUACAUCCUCGGAUCCACGCAUGAGCAUUCAUUAAGUAUACAUGGGCUAGGGGAAGAGCGGUUGUCCCCCUCCCUCUUCCAAUGAGGACCUGACCUUAAAUUUUGGUUGAUAUCAGUUGGCACAUGGGUCUUGCACCUAGGUCAGGCAUUCACAUUUUCAUCCCUGGCCUUUUUGGAAUAUUCUGCUGUCUGUUGGUUUUUUAAAUUUCUAGUAUUGGGAUUAUUUGGGAGGGACAACUAUGGUUUAGAAUCAUCUUUCAUUUAUUUAUUUUGCAACUGCAACUUGUUCAUGUUUGCAAUAUUCAUUGUUUACUAAGACAGUUGAACCUUUGUCUUUAGAUUAGACGUUGAACACUUGUUGUAACUUAAUAAAUCUGUUAAUUUGUAUCUGGUUGUGAGUUGUACAUUUUGGUGACAAUUGGAUUGUUCUGCCAGUCAACAAAUUUGGUGAUUUAACUGAUAAUUGAUAUCUUUGAUAAUAAUUGACAAAUUAAAUUAGAUAAAUUUAUUUUACGUGUUGGAUAAGUGAGGUGUUUUAACAGCUGAUGCAUUUGUGUCGCAUUUCCACUGUUAAAGUGCUUAAAAUUAAGUGAGGGUGUUAGCUGUUAAAACUAAUGGAUUCAGAAAUGGUUGUCACAUUUUUUUCAGUGUAAUUUCACCAUAAAAACAGAAAAGGGAAACAUUUACAAAAACUGAAAAUAUGUUUUAACAAUUCAGAACAAGCAUAGUGUAUAGGACAGACACUACGACUGAAAUAUUUGAAACACACAUUAUCAAAGUCAGUGCACUCCAAACACAAUUAUGUAACAGAUUGUUAAAAAAGAAAAAGCUUCAUUCUUCACAUUUCGUCUGAGUCAUAUUAUUGAUCCUACUGGCUUCUAUUCAGUCCCAUUCUUCCAUCUGUAAGUGCUAUUUACUAUGGGGUGCCGUUUGUUCAAAUUUGCACACUCUGAAACCCAGCUCAAUGUUUGCACAUUUAGCAUUGCAAAUGCAAUACAAAUGUCAGUUUAAAAGAUCUGUAGAGAGAUUAGUUAAUGUGAUUUUAAAGUUUGUUUUAUUUUAUACCUGGUUGUUUUAUACAGCCAUUACCCCAGAUGCAAACUCUCCUUCAAUGAAUUCAACAAAUUUGCCUGGACUAACAAUUUUGAGGCAGCCGAUUCAGCUGCUAACAGUGUUUGCAUGGGAGUGUUUUUUUUUUUUGUUAGUUUUUGCUUCUCCUCCAUAAAAAAACUGACAUUACACAUAAGUGGCAUCACCAAUUAGCAUAUCUUCUAAACAUUUAGUUUCUACAUUUAGAAUUUACAUUUUCAUGUAAAAUUUCCAAUUAUUUUUAACAUUCGCAUUAAUGCAUAAGGUUACUAUUGGAAAAGUGAUUAUGAUGUUUUAGACAAUUUUAUCUCUCAAAGUUUUAAAAAGUGGCAAUAGAAAAUUGUAGUGCAAUUUUUACACUUGGCAAUGCUAAACGUGCAAAAACUGAGUAGCGUUACAGAGUGUGCAACUUUUUACAGAUAACACCCCAUAAUUUACAGCAGGUGUGGUGUUAUAUGGUUAACACAUUUCAGUAUUCUACUGCUUUGUUUGUGUGUAACACUCUUUCACUUCCCUCUGUUAAAUGCUAUGAUAACUGAGCCCAACUGAAUUAAAUAUCAUGUCCUUGAACAGCACUUUACAAACCUUCAAUAUUGUCACUUAGAAGAAAACGCCAGCAAUCAUCAUCAUCAUUAUCCUCAUUACUAGGCUAUUUAUUAAACAUUCCACAACAGUACCUCCUUUAGCAUUGCCUUGAUAAUGUUAAUAGAAUGUUUGUAUGCACUCUUUCGAAUUCCACAUGCACAUUGAUAUGUUUUUUAUUUUUGUAUAAUGGCAAUAUUUUAGCCUGUUCACUGUAAAAUGGGAAACUUUCUGAAUGUAUGCUGCCAGUGGAUGUAAUAGCUGACACUGUUUUGGAUUCUUUUGCUUGAUUAACACAGUUAUUUUUGGAAUUAUCGGUGACUUCUGGCAUGUGGUAAUGUGUUUUUGUCUCACACUGAUACUUUCUCUAUUUUCAAGUCAUAAAAUCAAUUGUACAACGAAUAGAGUGAAUUCAAUAGAAGUAUUAAAAGACGACUUUUAAUUUGUGUAUGAUGAACGACUGAUAUGGACUGAUAUAGGCUAGGCUAUUCAACUUAAGUAAUUGAAGUCACCAUGCCUGUAACAAUGAAUAAUGUUUUCAAUAAAGUCGUUUGGAAGAAAA